AUGUUUUUUUUGUUAGUCGUUUUGUUUUUCUCAUCUCCUCCUGUAACUCAAUCCACUGGAUUCUAUCCGUGCGCUUGCUGUAUGACGGAAUAUAAUUUUUGUGUGCAUAAUACAUUGGAGACUUCAACAUACAACAAAAAUGAUUCAACACAGACACUUGACACGUCGAGUUAUUGUUGUAUACCAAAAGCAUUGGCAAGAAUUUCAAUAAAAAAAGAUAAUGCAUCACUUUAUAAUAGACAUUGUAAGAAAAGAAGUUUAAAUCAAAAACAUAUUAUUCUCUUCGCUACAAUAAUAUCAAGUUAUGAACCUCUAUCGAAACGAUGCUAUGAUAGGAAAAAUCUGAUUACAAGGCCUCUUGUACCCACACCCAAGUUUCCAUCCUCAACAGAUGAAGAGCCCGUAGAAGAAAAAGAUGAGGAAGAAUUUUCUAGACCAGAAACAAUUAUCGAUGAAGACAAACCAAAGUUGGAUAAUAAUAUUCAAUCAUCGUUUAUCGUUGAAGAAGACGAAAAUAACGAUAAGUAUAAAAAUAAAAAAAACGAAAAAGCUCAAUUAAUCAAUAAAGCACAAACCGACGAAGUUAGAAUAUCGAUUUGGGUACCUGAAAAAAUUAUUUAUCAAGAUAAAAAGAAAUUAGACAAAAAUAUAACAUUAGUACAGAAAAUCGAAACUGAAGAAAUAAAUCGAAGUACUGUAAAUGAAAAUCAACCAAAUUCAAAUAAUCAACAUGUAAAUCGAACUAUGAUUAGAUUUCAAUUAGUAUGGUCUAUUAUAUUAAUAUUUAUCACCAAUAUAGGUCUUAUUACAAUCCAUUAA